AUGGGAACUCAAACCCUCCCCUUCAUAGAUUUUGCCGAGCCUGACCUCAAACCAGGGUCCGCAUCAUGGGACUCGAUCAGAGAUCAGGUCCGACGAGCCUUAGAAGAGUACGGUUGCUUCGAGGCAUUCUUUCCUAAGAUUCCUUUGGAUCUCCGCAAACAAAUGUUCUCAUCCUUGGAGGAGCUCUUUGAUCUUCCCUUACAAACCAAGUUUAAGAACUUUAGCGAGAAGCCCUAUCAUGGCUAUAUUGGCCCUAACCCCUUGGUACCUCUCUACGAGAGCAUGGGCAUCGAAGGAGCCAACAUGGUUGACAACGUCGAUGAAUUUACGAGAGUCAUGUGGCCCGAAGGAAACACUACUUUUUGCAAAGCUAUUCAUUUAUUUUCAAAACGGGUAUCGGAGCUAGAUGAAAUGGUGAGAAGGAUGAGUUUAGAGAGCAUUGGAGUGGAGAAGUACUUGGAGGAGCAUAUGACUUCAACCAACUAUCUUCUUAGAGUCCAAAAAUACAAUAUUGUCCCGGCCGAAUCAAACGAGCCAGAGCCACAUUUGGGCAUCAGAUCCCACACUGACAAGAACGUUAUGACGAUUCUUUACCAGAACGAGGUUGAUGGCUUGGAGGUUAUGACUAAAGAUGGGGAAUGGAUUGAUGUACACUACCGCUCACCCGACUCUUUUAUCGUCCUAGUUGGAGAUUCACUUCAUGGUUAUGAUGAGGCCGGGGAAGAAGCGCGUUACUCAUUGGGGCUGUUCACGGUCCCUAAUGGUGGGUACAUAAUAAAGGCACCAAAUGAGCUCAUAAACGAGGACCAUCCCUUGCUUUUCAAGCCAUAUGACCAUGCUCAGUUCCUGUCUUUCUACUACACACCUCAAGGCCUUAGUCUUGAACACGCUCUUAAGGCCUACUGCGGAUAUUAUAAAUAA